AUGGGUCAGAAAAGUUCAUCAUAUAAUAUUGUUCAGCCUCUAUCAAAUGAAAACAUCAACGUACCGGUAAAACUCUGUUUACUGUCCAAUGAUUUAAACGUGAUUAUCAAGCAAACAACAACUGCCGGUCAAUUAAUAGAACAAAUAAUUCAUAAUUGUCAAUUAUCGGUAAGAUUCGAUGAGAUAUGUAUCUGUCAAGAGAAACUAGACGGAUCCAGUCAAAUUACGGAGAUUGAUCCACAUCAGGUACUAAGCGAACUUGGCGCUCACUAUGAAUCAGCUCUCAUCGUUCGGCGUCGAGGUGUUCAACAUGCUUCUUCUUCGUCGAUGGAGGUGCAUGAGAAAAUGGAAGACGAUCUACCUCUGCAGUCUGACUCAUCAGAAGUUAUUACUCCUACAACUGAUGAUCAGAAAGAGAUGACCGCAAACGAAAUUACAAUCGAUAUUGUUUGUAAUAGUCAAACUACUUCUAUGGAUGUGAAUCCCGCACUAACUCUUCGUCAACUGAAAGAUCAUUUGGCACAAACACUCGUACCUCAGCUAUUCGACAACCCGCCAGAAAACUUUCAAGUGCUAAUUGACAAACCCCAUGGAUCUUUAGUAAUCGAUGAUAUAUAUUAUGAUCAAACUCUUGAAAGUUUUGGUAUCAGUAGUAAAUUAACAUUAAUUCUUGAACCAAUCAGUUCUAUGAAUGUUCAGGAAGACGAAAAACCAUCCGUAAAACCGAGAAAAAGUCAGAAUAAGGAGCUAGACAACAAAGUAGAGAAACAUGAAACAAGCUUUGCAGUGCUCAUUAAAGCCGAAAAUGGCAGAUUUGAAACUGAAAUUCCUUUGACACCAGGGUUAAAGAUUUCUCAGCUUAAAAGUGACGUUUUAGAAAGCAUGAAGUUGUCAAAAAGUAAGGACAUUUACCAACUUGUCUGCAAAAAUGAAGUUCUCACCGAAGAUUCAGAAAAAACAAUCGGAGAUUUUGAAAUUAAAUCCUACGAUAUCAUUUUCGUCCAAAGGAAAAAAAAGACAGCUAAACCUGUUGGCGAAUCUCUUGACAAAUCUACUGGUCAGUUAGUACCAGUGUCUCUAAUACCUAAACAUAGUACGGUCGACGCUUCAACAGUAAAAAUAUUCGUUGGAUCACAAUCAAGUAAAACAAGACCAGGUCUCUGCGGACUCACAAAUAUUGGUAACACCUGUUUCAUGAAUAGCGCUCUUCAAUGUCUAAGCAAUGUUCCACCGUUAACAAUCUACUUUCAAGAACAAGAUUUUCGUAAGAAUAUCAAUAAUCAUAAUCCGUUAGGAAUGAACGGUGAUGUAGCAAGAGCAUACGCUGAUUUUAUUGAAAAUGUUUGGUCACCAAAGUCAAAUCGUCCAUAUGCACCACAAGUAAUCAAAGAUCAAGUCAGUCGUCAUGCGCCUCAAUUUGCUGAUUAUUCACAACACGAUUCACAAGAAUUUCUCAAUUUUCUUCUUGAUGCUCUUCACGAAGAUUUGAAAGAUGAAAAUAAGGCAGAUAAUGAAUGUUCAAUUGUAGCACAGCUCUUCCAUGGUAUAAUGCAGUCUGACAUACAAUGUGACGAAUGUCUUAAUCAUGAAUACGCUCAUAAUAUAUUCACUUUUCUACCGGUGCCACUGACAUUCCCUCAAACAACGUGGACAGGUAGUGUGCGUGCAUUUAGUGUCGAAUAUGUGCGUUUGAACAGCCAAAACGAAAUAUUUUCUGAAAUCAAAGUUGACGAAGAAGGAACCUUGUGGGACUUGAUUAAUCAAUUUAUUAUUGUGUACAAGCAAAAAAUGCCCAAAAGUAACCAUCAACCAAAUGCAAAUAAUUUGGGAGCAGUCGACCGUAAACAGCCGACAAGAAUUUACGAUUCUCAAACUCCACUGACCGAUUUUGACGACAAUACCAUUGUAUUAAAACAGCAAAAUCAGAAUAAGUCUGCUGCUACUUGCAUGAAAUCUUCAUCAACAAUGAAGAAACUCACUCUGAACGAGUGUAUUCGAGCCUUUACGAACGUCGAGCAUUUAGGAGGAAAAAAUGGUGAUUGGCACUGUUCAACUUGCAAUAUAUUGAGAAGUGCAACGAAAAAGCUCGAUUUGUUUCAUCUACCUAAAGUACUUAUUCUUCAAUUAAAACGAUUUUACUAUGAUGAUAAUGAACAAAAUCGAAAAAUUGAGACAUUCGUUGAUUUUCCUCUAACAGAUUUAGAUCUUAGCGAAUUUUUGGUGGAUGGAAAAGCGGAAAAGUAUGAUCUUAUCGCUGUUUCUGAUCAUAUGGGAACACUUGCGUCUGGACACUAUACAACUAAUGCAAAAAAUAUCAAUAACGAACAAUGGUAUCAGUUUGAUGAUACACAUGUAGAACCCAUUAAUGACGAAAAAGACAUUGUCACAUACCGAGCAUAUGUACUUAUAUAUUUGCAGCAACAAAACAAUAACUAA